AUGAGUGCAAAAGUAACUGUUGUUUUAGAAGAUGCGGUUCCUGUAUUUGAUGAACGGGACAAGGAGUGUGUUGGCAUGUUUAAGCUGCAUAGGGUUCUCAAAUCAAUACUUGGGUCAGCAUUGAGUAAGUCUGGAAAUCUUCAGAUAUACAUCCACUCUACAAAAAACGUUCUAAUCGAGAUGAGUCAUCUUUUUGACAUUCCUGAUGAUCCUAGUGAGUUCAAUGAAGUAAUGCAUUAUCUGUUGCGAAGAUACUCUGUUAAAGCAGCAAAUGGAGUGUUUCUUGCAAAGGUAAUAAAAAAUCCAAUAGAAAGCCAUUUGCCACCAAAAAGCAUGCGCAUGAAGCUUUGUUCUCGUGGAAAUAGGAUAAACAUUGAUGAUAUGAAGGCUUCUAUUGAAAAUGGUGUUGUUUUUUUUAUAAUUAUGGAUGCUGAAGAGAAUCGAGGCAUUGAAAAUGAAGAUAAUAUUUGUGUAAGUGUAUCCAGCUAUAAACUUUCUGUUGAAAAUUGCUGUAUGAAGCUGGCAUAUAUGCUUGAAGAGAUACUUGCUGUUUUCUAG